GGAUUUCUAGGUCACGUGACGGCGAGGGCGCGAAUCUGGGAAGUGACGUAAUACUCGCGCAUGCGUGAACAGAUCGAGUCUUCCGGCACCGAUCGGGUAGCGACGCCGACUGACCGACAGCAGGCUAGUUUGUGAACAAUGUUCCUGUCAAAAUGGGGCAGACCAUGUGUAUCUGCUCCCGCGGCUCCAUCACCAUCGAUAGCAAAAGAUAUUACUUCUUGCAGAAACUUGACGAGGGUGGUUUCAGCUACGUGGACCUGGUGGAGGGGGUGAAAGACGGGCGCUUCUACGCCCUGAAGAGGAUCCUGUGUCACGACCGAGAAGGUCGCCAGGAGGCCCAGACGGAGGUGGAGAUGCACCAGAUGUUCAACCAUCCCAACAUCCUCAGCCUGGUGGCGCACACCUUUGUGGAGCGCAACGGAAAGAGCGAAGCCUGGUUACUGUUGCCCUACAUACCAAAGGGCAGUCUGUGGUCCAUUCUGGAGAAGCUCCGAGAGAAGGGUAGCUCCAUGCCCGAACAUCAGAUUCUCAAAAUACUGCGUGGGAUGUGUUCAGGACUCAAGGCCAUUCAUGACAAAGGUUAUGCACACAGAGAUCUUAAACCCACCAACGUGCUCCUGAACGAGGACGACAGUCCAGUCCUGAUGGACUUUGGCUCCAUGAACAAGGCACGCAUUGAGGUCCGAGGGUCCAGAGAAGCCAUGACGUUACAGGACUGGGCGGCCCAGCGCUGCACCAUUUCUUACCGUGCUCCCGAGCUCUUCAACGUCCAGAGCUACUGUGUCAUUGAUGAGCGAACAGACAUCUGGUCUCUGGGCUGUGUGUUGUACUCCAUGAUGGUGCUGGAGGGGCCCUAUGACCUCAUCUUCCAGAGAGGGGACAGUGUGGCCCUGGCAGUGCAGAACCCGGUCGUCCUCCCACAGCCGUGCAGCUACUCAGACGGACUUCAGUUGCUGCUGAGCUCCAUCAUGACAUCAAAUCAUGAAGAAAGGCCGAACGUCAGCUGGGUUCUGGAGCAGGUACAGGACCUGCACACUUGUGGCCCCAACACUCAAACCAACAUGGUCUGAGCAGGACCUUGAGCACGCCAAUGGAAGAUGACAAAUCCAAAUGUAUUAUUUAUUGACCAGUGGUCAACUUGGUUUAUGGUUUAAGGCUUCACACUCAACUUGUGAUCCAGACAUUCUCAAAAUGUUUUAUUGAUUAGAACAUCACUUCACUGGUUUUGCUUCAAAUGACAUUCCUUAUGUUUUUUUAAAUAUUCUUACGUGCCUUUUUGUUACAUGAGAUAAUGAAUUAUACGUUAGAGCAGGGGUGUCCACACUCUUCAUGUUUUUUAUUUUUACAACCAAUACAAUAUAUCCUUUUUGUUUUUAUUUGACCUUUAGAGCUCCCCUCAACUUUAAUCCCGGGGACCCGCAAAGGUCUCAGGUCAAAAACAUUUUUUAAAAUAAGUCAUAUAUUUAAAAAAUUCAACGUUUAAAUUUCAAGAUCAACUUCAGAUCUAUCUGUCGAUAUUUUUUUUAUUUUUUGUGCCCUUUUUGUUAAAGAAAACCUUGUUUUUUUUUAAUGGCAAAAACACAAAAUAUGCAACAUUUUCCCCCCCAAAAAAUAAUUCAAAGUUGAAUAUUUGAUGUGAAGUAAUUGGGGCUCCGUACAUUUAGAUGUAUAAAUAUAUAUAUAUUCCAGAGAAAGUCAGAAUCUUAGCAAAAUCUCACUAACCCAGCGAUUCUCAAUAUUUCUAUUCUUCUUGUUUGCAUUUUGCUUCUUUCAUCUGCACCAAAUGAAUCCUGCAAUCUUUAUGUGAAGCAGACUCACCUGUAGGAAGCAGAUCAGCAUCAUUUAUGUGAAGCGGACUCACCUGUAGGAAGCAGAUCAGCAUCAUUUAUGUGAAGCAGACUCACCUGUAGGAAGCAGAUCAGCAUUUUCCAACAGGAGCAAUUCUUCUUCUUUUAAAACUGACUUUGACUAAAAAGUCCACAUUGAACAUGUUGUACAUACUUUGUGUGCCAAGAGGAAGAUUUAAAUGUAUUCACCAUCUUCACUUUGGUGUGCACACCAACAUUAUGAAGAUGAAAAUAAUAGGACAACUUGACCCAGGUGAGUCCACACCUGCGCCAGUGUUGUAAUACCUUGGGUGACCGCAGGGUGGUGCUGCAUCAUCACUUUCCUGCCUGAACACUUGGACUAACUAAGGCAGGGGUCGGCAACCCAAAAUGUUGAAAGAGCCAUAUUGGACCAAAAAUACAAAAACAAAUCUGUCUGGAGCCGCAAAAAAUUAAAAGCCAUGUUACAUGUGUCAUGAGAUAUACAUUGAAUUAAGAGGACUUAAAGGAAACUAAAUGAGCUCAAAUAUAGCUACAAAUGAGGCAUAAUGAUGCAAUAUGUACACCUCGCUAGCCUAAAUAGCAUGUUAGCAUCGAUUAGCUUGCAGUCAUGCAGUGACCAAAUACGUCUGAUUAGCACUCCACACAAGUCAAUAACAUCAACAAAACUCACCUUUGUGCAUUCACGCACAACGUUAAAAGUGUGGUGGACAAAAUGAGACAGAAAAAGUGGCAUAAAACACGUCCUAGAAAGUCGGAGAAAGUUAUACCAGUUAUAUCAAUCAAUACAUGUAAACAAACUAUACGGUGAGUUCAAGGACCGCCAAAAUAAGUAGGACAAAACGGCGCUUGCCAAAUACUCGAAUCAGUGAAGCAUAUUUAAUAUAAACAGUGUGAUUUAUAACAAUUAGGGAGGUUUGUGUCAUGUUUGUCCUCCUACAGAAACCAUACUAAAACAAAAAAAUAGAUUUUUUUCACCUCAUCUUUUUCCAUUCUUCAUACAUUUUUGAAAAAUCUCCAGAGAGCCACUAGGGCGGCGCUAAAGAGCCGCAUGCGGCUCUAGAGCCGCGGGUUGCCGACCCCCGAAGUAGGGAAUGGAAUGAAGGAUUAUAACUUUUAGAUAUGAAAGCAGUCACAAAAUGGACUUUUAAUCUUUUUGGUAAUCUCUCGUCACAUUUUGACUGCUUGUCCAACUUCUUUGUGGAAGUCCUCGGCGCUUCAGUUCAUUCUUUUGAAGAUUUGACGGUGAAAGUACUUUUAAUUCCAGCUGAAUAAUAAGAUGCAUAUUGUUUGUUUUCAAUCUGGUUUCUCUCGGCCAGUGAAAUGGUACUUUUGUUUUUGUUUUAAUCUGUGGUUAUUUUGUACUUUAGUCGGCAUAAAGACUUGACAUAAGUGUUGUGGCCCUCAGCUAAAUCAUGUUUUCUUUAUUAUUUAUUUCAUGCUGAUUACAGUGUGAAUGUUGCUUUUAUUUUCUGACAUAAUAAUAUAAAGUUGCUGUUUAUUCACUGCACAGAUAAUAAAUAUAUCACAAUA